CACAAAAGCAACGGGAGGAGACAAGAUCCCACAGCGACGGUAGAUUGCCCGCUAACCCUCCACCCCUCACCGGACCAUUCGCCCGCUUCGCACUCCAGUCGCCUCCCUCCCUCUCCCAGUCCCAGAUCCCUCACCACACGGCCGCGCGGCACCGGAGACGUAGCGAGGCGGCGAGGAGCGGCCGCGAGAGAUAAAACCGUAAAAGGGGACAGGCCGCCGCAGCCUGGGUACCGGCGGUGCGCGCGCCGGCGUAUCAGGCGAUGGACGCUGGCGGCGGGGGCUUGGGCGGGUUCCAGUGGACCGCGGAGGAGGCGUCCACGAUCGGGGGCAUCGCCACCGUGUCGCUGCUGCACUCCUUCAUCCCCACGCACUGGCUCCCCUUCUCCAUCGUCGGCCGCGCGCAGCGCUGGCCGCUCUCCCGCACCCUCCUCGUCACUGCAUUUGGAGCUGUCCUUCAUGUUGUAUCUACCGCUCUUCUUGGGAUAACUGCAGUUACUAUGGCAAAUACUAUAGCAGGCGAGGAAACAGUGCAUAAGCUUGCCUCCCUGUUGCUAAUUUUUCUCGGAGCAGGUUAUAUUGUGUUGUUCGCGUUAGGAAAAGGUGGUCAUAGCCAUGCUCAUAAUCAUCCAAUGGAGAAGAUGGCAGUCGCUGGUCUUGUACUUGUACCUGCAUUGUCACCCUGUGCAACUACUCUUCCAGUGUUUCUUGCUGUUGGCAACUCAUCUUCGAUGAUGAUUCUUGCGAUCAUUGUACUUCUCUUCAGUACCAUCACGGUGAUGACCUCCCUUGUGGCCCUCUCAUUCUAUGGUGCUAGCCAGAUCAAGUUUCACUGGGUGGAACGCUAUGACAAGGUCCUCGUUGGCUCAGUGCUGUGCCUCGUUGGGGUUCUGACAUACGUGUUCCAUCACCAUGACGGCGACGAGCAUUCUCUCCAUGCACAUGUGCACAGGAAACUCGUUGGUUCAUAGUGGAAUAAAUAGUAGAUGGCAAAUGAAGUUCCUACUUUUCUGCAAAACAAAUUGCCUGUUGUCCUCUAUGGUUCUAACCGUCGUGCACGAGUUGUUGUAUAAAGAUCUAUCUGUCCAUCUGUCGGUGAUCCAGCCGCCUCUGGCUUUCCCAGGAAUUCCAAGUAGGUGAAUAUCUAGUGGAAAUCGAUUGUAUUUUGUAUCUUUGUUUGUGCUGAUGAACUUAACUGCAACAGAGGGGUAUCAACUUGAGACAUUGUUGGUCUUCUGAAAA